AUGGCCACCGCAGUGGCAGCGCUCCUUCCCACUCUUCUCCACAAGCACCCUACAGCGCUGGCCAUCCCACCACUGCCCUCCCUGGCCUCACACCCACCUCCUGCCUCGGGGCCAGCUGCUCUCCAGCUCCACCGGCGGUUUUCUCCAUCUUCUUUCCUCAAAGUAUCGCCUCCACCUGAGAACAACCACUUCGGCCUCCACCCCGGUGCCUCACAGCCACCAUGUCACUGCGGCUCCUCCACCUCGAGGCCCUCCAGGAGAGGCAGCGGCAGACAGCCCCUUCCUCACUCGCCUCUUCUUCGCCAGCCCCUCAGGCUGAGCAGCGGCCUCUCACAGCAGCCCCCUCCCACCAUCACAGUCCCCAGCCGAUGGGCAGGCCUCAGGCCGCCACAGUGGGGAAAUGGCGGCCCCCAGCCGUUGGGCAGGCCUCAGGCCGCCACAGUGGGGAAAUGGCGGCUGCUGCCUGGAGACUCCAAGCGGCACAGCGAGUCCUGCCGCUGCAGCCCCAAAACCACCGGCUCAUGCAUGAAAGCAGCUUUCAACGUUGAAUUUCCCUUUAAGAAAUGUUCGGCGGAAAUGUUUGUUCAACAAAGGCGGCCAGAUUACACAGUAAUGUUCUUCUCCAUCCAGAAUUACCACGCACAAAGAAAAAGAUGCCGUUCAAAGGGCCAGCGGCGGCUCUCGGUACCGUGCGCUGGGGUUUUGGCGAAUGAGUGUGUCAUCAGUAACUCAUUUGUUUUAGACGAUCCAGACCUGAAAGAUAUUGACCCUACGGUAUUAAAACAUUGCCAUGCUGCGGCUGCAACGUGUAUUCUGGAGGCAGGAAAGCAGAAAGCCGACAUAUCUGCUAUAAGCACAUGUCUAGAAGACUGUAAACUGGAUAAAGAGAGAAUAGAACAAUUUUGCACCGAAUAUCAGAAAAACAAGGAGGCAUUGGAAAUCCUGUUGGGAAGAACAGUGAUUCAGGAUCACACCCAGAUGUUAGUUUUAGUUGCACAAUGGAGCAGUUACAGGUACUUCUUCCACGCCAAAAUGCACCGAACAACCAGAAUCAAAAUAACCGAGCUAAACCCCCAUCUCAUGUGCGUGCUCUGCGGCGGGUACUUCAUUGAUGCAACAACCAUCAUAGAGUGCCUCCACUCCUUCUGUAAGACCUGUAUCGUGCGUUACUUGGAGACCAGCAAGUAUUGUCCUAUCUGUGAUGUCCAAGUUCACAAAACUCGACCGCUUUUGAAUAUAAGGUCAGAUAAAACUCUCCAAGAUAUUGUAUACAAGCUAGUACCAGGCCUUUUCAAAAAUGAAAUGAAAAGAAGAAGGGAUUUUUACGCUGCUCAUCCGUCGGCUGAUGCUGCCAAUGGCUCUAAUGAAGACAGGGGAGAAGUGGCUGACGAAGACAAAAGAAUUAUAACAGACGACGAGAUAAUAAGCUUAUCCAUUGAAUUCUUUGACCAGAAUAGACUGGAACGAAAAGGAAGUAAGGAGAAAGAAAAAUCAAAGGAAGAGGUGAAUGACAAAAGAUACUUACGCUGCCCAGCAGCAAUGACAGUGAUGCAUCUAAGAAAGUUCCUGCGGAGUAAAAUGGAUAUACCUAACACUUUCCAGAUCGAUGUGAUGUACGAAGAGGAGCCUCUGAAGGACUACUACACCCUAAUGGAUAUUGCCUACAUCUAUACCUGGAGGCGGAACGGGCCUCUCCCCCUGAAAUACCGGGUCCGACCUACUUGCAAGAGGAUGAAGAUCAGUCACCAGAGGGAAGGCUUGAAUAAUAGCGGGGAGCUGGAAAGUGACUCUGGGAGCGACAAGGCAAGCAGCCCGGCGGGAGGCAUCCCCUCCACCUCCUCUUGUUUGCCCAGCCCCAGCACGCCGGUCCAGUCUCCUCACCCCCAGUUCCCCCACAUCUCCAGCACCAUGAAUGGCACCAGCAGCAGCCCCAGCAGUAACCACCAGUCCUCCUUUACCAACAGAGCGCGGAAAACUUCGAUAAAUGGCUCCUCGGCCACUUCAUCUGGUUGACUGCGCCAACCAGGCUACCGCCCCCGCCCCUCCUUUAUAUAGAUCUCUCCAUGCCAUUACAGCUUUAUAGAUGCUAAUCCAUGUGACUAUCGUCCAAAUUGCUUUCUUUUGUAGUGACACUGAACUUGGCUAUAAAAGGCGGACUAGGUGACAUUCAGGAUGGACGUUAAUGGAAACGCAAGAUUGAAAUGUAAAUUGUUUUCAGAGGACUGGGAAGCAAACAAAAGUUACACCUUCACCUGUUCUGAGUGAUGCGGAGUUGUUUCCGUCCCCAUCAUCUGGACUCGGGAGUCUCCAGAAGUCGAUACAAAUCCCGGGAAGUAGUUCGUUAAUCCAGACUAACUCCUCCAUUGCGUUCUCUUCGAUUGUUAUUGUUCUUAUGCUGUUUUGUGAACCUGUAGAAAGCAAGUGCUUUUUCAUCUUGAAAUCCAACAAAACGAAAAGAAUAUGCAUAGAAUAAUGCAUAUAUGUAGCCAUGUCACUGUGAAUAA